CUUUUCAAACUAGAGGCAUCCGAAUCAUCGUCACAUUUGUUUAGACCCCACUUUGACAUUUUCACAAUGUCAAUGAAAAAGGCAAAUGAAUUUGGCAUUUUUAAAGGACCAAAGAAAACCUCUCAAGUUCCUCCAAUCCACGACAGCCUCCAACCUCCACAUGAUUCCACUUUGCACAUUUUCUUUCUACUAUAAAAAUCAUUAUUUACCCAACUCAUGCACUCAACCAUCCUUCUUGCUUCAUCCUCUUCAUUUUGUCUCUUUAAAUUUUGUACUAUCCUCCAAAAGUCAGCGCCACCUUUUCUCCUUGAUCUAUUUUUCUCACUUUCUCUAAGAUUUUUUUGCUCCUUAUUAGUAUGUUGCUUCAAUAGGCAAAAAAAAAACCACACCCCCCAAAAAAUAGUUGUGAUAUUCAUUAUAUCUCACUCAUUUGCAUUUAUAACAAUGGCUGAGGAUUGGGAUUUGUUUGCCAUUGUUCGAAGCUGCCAAUCAGCCACCAAUACAAACACAACAGAAAAUUCAUUUACCACAACAAAUACUAUACCAUCUUCCAUUUCCACUUCUAAUUUCAAAGUAGAAUUAGAAUAUGAUGCAUUUUCUUUUCCCAAUGUAGUGCAACCUAUAACCAAUGAGCUUCAAGGUCUAAACCAAUUAUUGACAUCUUUUACCCCCACCAUCACCACUACUACUAGUGGUCAUGGUAUCAAUCCCAAUUCCCCUCCUCAUAUUGCAAGAUACAUUGGACAACAACAAAACCAUUUUGUCCCUACUACUUCAUCUUCCAUUUGGCCUCCUCAUUUUGUGCAAGAAACUUCCACUUCUAGCUUCAACAAAUUCCAUAACCAACAAUUACAACAGCAACAUAAUCAACUACAAGCAAUUCAGAAACAAGAAUUUCAAGUACCCCAAAGCAUCCAGUCUCAAACACCUAGAUCAAGAAAAAGAAAAAGUCAACAAGGGAAAAUGGUGUGCCAUGUAACCGCAGAUAACCUCUCAACAGAUUUGUGGGCAUGGCGAAAAUAUGGACAAAAACCCAUUAAAGGUUCUCCAUAUCCAAGGAACUACUACAGAUGUAGCAGUUCCAAAGGUUGUACCGCGCGAAAGCAAGUUGAAAGGAGCAACACUGAAGCAGACAUGUUCACUGUGACAUACACAGGAGAUCAUAACCAUGCAAGACCUACCCAUCGGAACUCACUAGCCGGUAGUACACGAACCAAGUCUCCGGUGACACAUCCAACCACUUCAAUUUCUGGUCAACCCAACAGCUCAAUUUCUUCUUGCUCUUCUUUAGCACCAAACUCUUUUGCUGAAGAAGAAGAAGACAUCGACAUGGAAAUUGAAACUGAUGAUGAUGGUGAAGAUAGUUGUGAUAUUCCUUCCUAACCAUGACCAAGGAAGGUACUUGGUGGUCUUCAAUCACUUUCACGGUUGAGUUUUUUUUUUUUUUUCAUUUUGUAUAUAAGGUUAUAAGAAAAAAUUGGAGACUAUUAGAUAAAUGUCACAACUGGUUUUGAUGCUUUUUGUUUUCUUUUCGUAAUAAGGACCAAAUGACGUAGUUUAAGAACAAUAUUUAGGGACAUUUUCUAAUGUACUUAUGGGAUUGUUCCAAAAACGUGUAUUUUUGUUCAUAA